GGCGGUUUGAUCAGACGCAGCAAGUGACAGCUAAACCCUCAGAGCCUGGGGCUCAGAAGGAGAAGAGGAAGCCUGUUAUCUGUUUUCGCUGCAAGCAGCCGGGACAUAUGGCCAGAGGCUGUGCAAAUUUCGAGUAGCCGCGAUUCGGCAGGGGCGCGUGGUCGCGGCGUCUGAUGUACCCGUGAGGGGUGUGGCCCCGAGACAGUUAAACUGGGGAGUGGCGCGGCAGGACUGGUGGCCCACGGGGGCGCCGGCGCCGCACUGUUUCCGGUGGCCCAGUGGGCAGGUGGCGCCACCUUCAGCGUCGCAGCUGGGCAUGGCGGCGCCCUUUUCGGCGCCGUGGUUGGACGGCGCGCCGCAGCGGGGCCAGGCGGCGCCCUCCUCAGCGUCGUGGUCGGCCGGCGCGCCGCGGCUGGGCCAGGCGGCACCCUCUUCAGCGUCGUGGCCGGCCGGCGCGCUGCAGCUGGGCCAGGCGGCGCCCUUUCCGGCGCCGUGCUCGGCCGGCGUGCUGCAGCCUGGCCGGGCGGAGCCCUCUUCGGCGCCGUGGUCGGACGGCGCGCGGCAGCCGGGCCAAGCGGCGCCCUCUUCAGCGUCGUGGCCGGCCGGCGCGCUGCAGCUGGGCCAGGCGGCGCCCUUUCCGGCGCCGUGCUCGGACGGCGCGCUGCAGCCGGGCCAGGCGGAGCCCUCUUCGGCGUCGGGGGAGGUACCGUGUUCGGAGUCGAGUGUGACUGGGGUUUCUGCGGCGCGACGCACGCCUCCCGGUGGAGGCCUUCCGUUGGAGGCCGGGUGUCGUGCCGCGCCGGAGUCGGGCGCGCAGGGUGAGUCGGUUUCGCCGGCUGCUGAGCCUGUGUGUGUUGACACUGACGAUUCGGCCGGCUGUGUGUCCUCCCGGCCGGGCUCUGUGGAUGUGGCAAGGUUCGCUGAAUGUUUAGAGGCGGAUGCUGUGAUGAGUCCGUCAGCCGUCGAGCCCGAUGCGAUAGGCUUGUCUGACGUGGAUGAGCGUUCUGGCCUACAGGGGGCCACCGCGGCGGGCGUUCGAGUGCCGAGCGCACCCACUGGUGAGGCACUGACGGCGGAGUCACCACGAUCGAGUUGCAGUGGUAGGGACAAACCCGGUCCCGGAGUUCGGGGGGCUGGAGUGUUGCGUGCCACUGUGGCUGGGGGUGUGCUGGCUCGGGCAGGUCGGGUUGUGUGUGGACAGCGCAGUCAUGUAGCAGCCGCCCGAGUGGGGGGUUAUAAUGAUGCGGAAGUCUUUGUCUCGGGAUACGUUCAGCAUAAGAGAGUGGACUGGUUGCUAGAUACUGGGGCACAAUGUAGUGUUGUUUCGUCAGAUGUCAUUGGGGAUAUGGAUGUCCAGAGGAUCCCCGCUCUGAGGCAGCCCGUCACUGUUGAUGGAAACGCAUUAGAUUUAGAAUGCGUAGUUGUGUGUGAUGUUAGUAUCGGAGAUAAGACACUGCGAGAUCAGCCCCUGUUUGUGGUGCGUGGCCUGUCUCCCUCUUGCAUACUGGGCACUGAUUUGCUGAAAAAGAUGGGAUCGGCUGUUUCUAUAGACUUUGCCGCCCACACAGUGAGUGUUCGGGGGUGUACUGUUACCGAGGCAGCAGACUGCGUGCGGUCCUCGGACACCGUUAUCAUCCCUCCGAAGCACCAAAGUAUUGUGAUGUGUUCUGUUCCAGAUGAUGUUUCGGGGGUGGUCGUUGUUGAGUCGAGUAGCCUUCUUUCUGAUAAACAUUCACUCUUGGCGGCUAGAUCUGUGGCGACAGUGUCCAAGGGAGGUAUGAUACCCGUAAGAGUUUUGAACCCGUCAGGCCGGGGUGUCACUUUGCCCGCUCGCUCUGUGGUGGCCCGUCUGAUGGAUCACUCAAAGAUUGCUGAUGGUGACUCUGGGGAUGAAUGUGAGAUUGAUGAUGCUUGGGUGAACGCUCUGAUCGAGGGUUCUGACCUCAGUGAUGAUGCACAGAAAACUGCCCUCUCCGAUCUUUUGAGUAAGCACAAACAAGCAUUCUCGUUAGAUGGUGAGCUGGGACAGUGUGGUAUCGUGAAACAUUCGAUCCCGCUCGUAGAGGGAGCCCGCCCCGUUUCUCAGCCUCCGCGAAGGAUUAACGUAAUUGACAGGGAUGAUGUUGACGCGGCUGUCCUGAAAAUGCAGCGAGAUGGUAUCAUUCGUCCCAGCUGCUCGCCGUGGAGCUCCCCGGUGGUGCCAGUUCGGAAACGAGAUGGCUCGCUGCGACUCUGCAUUGAUUACCGUCGUCUUAACGACCUAACGCAUGGUGAUUCUCACCCCUUACCCAGGGUGGAGGACUGUUUGGAUGCUCUUUCCGGGUCAUCUUGGUUCAGCGUCUUGGAUCUUCAGUCGGGAUAUUGGCAGCAGGAGGUAAAGGACUCAGAUAAGGAAAAGACAGCCUUCUCUACCCACACGGGACUCUGGGAAUUUUCGAGGAUGCCGUUUGGACUGAAGGGAGCCCCGGCCUCAUUCCAGCGUCUCAUGAUGGCUGUUCUUGCUGGGUUAACCUGGCGGGAGUGCCUGGUUUACCUAGAUGAUGUGAUCGUAUUCGGUAAGUCGUUUGAUGAAGCUUUGAGUCACCUGGAUCACGUUCUGUGUGCCGUAAAGGAGGCCAAUCUGAAACUUAACCUGAGGAAAUGUAGUUUUUUUAAGGAGGAGGUGAAGUUUUUAGGUCAUGUCAUUAGCGGUGAGGGCAUUUCCGCGGAUCCUUCGAAGGUCUCGGCGGUUGUCGACUACGAACGUCCUAAAAACGUCCAUGAUGUGCGUAGAUUCAUUGGUUUAGCUAGUUAUUUCAGAAAGUUCAUACCAAACUUUUCUACAGUGGCUAAGCCAUUGCUUAAGCUGACCGAGGAUCGUGCGAAAUUUCUUUGGGAUGACAUGUGCGAGUCCGCCUUUCAAAGUUUGAAGCGUCUGCUGACGGAGGCGCCAGUUCUGGCUUUCCCCGAUUUCGAGAAAGAGUUUAUUCUCACUACCGAUGCCAGCGGCAUCGGUCUGGGUGCAAUACUUACCCAGCGGGUUGACGACAAUCAAAGGGAUUGGGACACGGUGGUCCCAAAAGUUGUUUUUGCUUACAACACGAGCAAGCAUGAGACUACCGGUGUUUCUCCUUUCGAGAUAUUUCAUGGUCGCCCGGCCAGACUCCCUCUCGACGUCACUUGUGGUGGUGGUGACUGUCCGGCAGACAGGAUCUGUUCCCCUCGAGAGCUUGAGGAGGUCCGUCGGAAGGUGGCUGCUGCUAUCGAGGAAGCAGCUGCCAAACGGCGUCAGCGUCAGGUUGUGAACCAGAUGCAGCAUCAGGUGGGUGACCGGGUGUGGCUGCACAGAGCGGUCGGGCGAAAGGGACUUUCCCCCAAGCUGCAGAGUCCCUGGUCGGGCCCCUUUGAUAUCAUUGAGGUGCUGUCGCCGCAGAACUAUCGCUUGAGGUUAAAGAACGGUAGGAAGGUGGUAGUACAUCAUGAUCACCUGAAACCGUAUGUAGAACGUGAGGAGUAUGCGCGCAAAGGUAGCCAGGAUGAACAGGAUGAGGAUGAUCAUGGAUCUCAGUCUGAGUCUGUUGAUGCUGGUGAAGUGGUAGAGGAAGACGAUGAUGACUAUGUGCCAUAUCUGUCCCAACAUCGCGCACCCGAUGUGUGUAUCGAUCACAGAGCGGACGUCCUAAGUGGUCCGGAGCAUGCUAACGUAGAAGCACCGUUGCUAUCCUCUAGUACAGUCGCAGAUGCUACGGAUCAGGAAGCUUCUGUUGGUGCCGAGGGGGAUACGAGUGUGCUGCACAGCGCUGAUGGAGGAACUGUGCCCGAUGUAGACUCGAGGGACGGUGCUUGCGUUGUUGUCACGGAUAGUGUGGCUGAUGGUGAUGACAGGCUGACGACAGGAGGUGAUGGGGAUACUGGGACUAACGCUGUCAGACGAAGUAAAAGAAAAAGAUCCGCCCCAAAGCUUUAUGGAGAAUGGCUGUUUAGUUAACUUCAUGUGUUCCUACGCACGAUGUUACAUGGCGGUGUAUGGCGGGGAGGAAUGUGACGAAUGUGUCCUGUGCAUGUUGUGACUGUGUGUUAUCCUUCCCCGGCAGACCUGUACCUGGGCCGAAUACAUG